AUGACUAUGCGACAUGCUUUGUUUACUAAUGCACGUUUUAAAUUGGACCCAGAGAAACUCGACCUUGACAAAGCUCACAUAAGGGCUGGUCAGUCUGUCGAUAUCAGGAGAGAUUCGUGUGAUUUUGGCUCCGACGUUCAUAACGUUAUCGGGGACAUACUGAAAAGUGGUGGCCAGCUCUUCGGUAAAUCUAGGAAACUGGACGUGAAUCACCUUCCUAAAUCCGGUCGGACCCCACUGGCGACGGGGAGAAACAAAGCAAAAGGACCCGUUCUAUCCAGGGACGCGUCUGAAAGCGCAGAGACCCUGUCAUCCCAGGUUAAACACAUGGGGGGCGAGGGAACCCCUGUAAAAACUAAAACUCCUCUUGGACAGACUAAUGCUGUGGAUGUCAAGACUGAGCCCAUAGCAAUGAAUUCACACAGCAACUCCAGAGACGCUGGGACUGAUGGCAACGCCAGGGGCAUUGAUGGGACUGGCACCCCCAACAUGGCAUCACUGGAGACCAGUACAGAUGGGAAGCGCAAGAACAUCAGGAAGACCCCCAGUCACCCGCACGCGCAAGCCACAUGCCUUCGACAAAUCCUCCUACUUCAGCUGGACCUGAUUGAGCAGCAGCAGCAAGAGCUUCAGACCAAGGACAAGGAAAUUGAUGAGCUCAAGUCUGACAGAGACACGUUGCUUGCACGGAUUGAGCGCAUGGAACGGCGUUUGCAGCUGAUCAGCAAUGCACCACGCGACAAACGUCUCUUCCAGCCGCUGGAGCGAUGGGUACCCGAAACCGAUGAUUUCUGGGAAGGAGAAGACGGCACUCAAGGCACGGCCCAGAAGAACCUGGCCUACGGCAGAGACGGCAAAGUCCAAAAAAGGAAAUUUGGUCUCUCAGACCCCAAAACACCAACGCAAAAGCCUAGAGGGAAGGCUGCCAAGUUCAGCUCCCAGAAGACAGAGGCUGGCGGGCCACUGUCAUGUCAGAGAGACCUGCACAAGAGCGACCCAUCGGACGAGAUGGGCUAUGGGCAGUCUGCAGGCCAGGCUGCUGCCAUGCACCCACUUAAAGAGGAGCCUCAGGAGACCAUGUGCAUGGAAGAGCUACCGUACAUGACCACAACAGAGAUGUACCUGUGUUGCUGGAAGCAGCCUCCUCUCUCCCCACUGCGAGAGGCCUCGCCCAAAAAAGAGGAGGAUGUGGACAUUCCAUCCUGGAGGGAGAACAGCAUGGAGCCACUGAAUGAGAAAACGGACAUCCCUGAGAAUUUGGAUGAUAAUGUCUUCUUGAAAAGACACUCAAAGCUGGAACUGGAUGAGAAAAGGAGAAAGAGAUGGGACAUUCAGAGGAUAAGAGAGCAGAGAAUGCUCCAGCGACUCCAGCAGCGUAUGGAGAAGAAGGUGGCUAUUCAGGAGACUGAGCCAGACCUGAUGUCUUUCUAUCCAGAAACGGAGGACGUGGAAUCCAUUGUAAUCACACCGUUUCUGCCUGUCAUGGCUUUUGGAAGACCAUUACCAAACCUGUCUCCUGAGAACUUUGAGCUGCCGUGGCUGGAUGACCGAAGUCGCUGUCGCGUGGAGAAUCAGAAAAAAAACACUCCACACAGGAACUGUCGUAAAUGACGACACCCGUAACUAGAUCGAACAAACAAACUAGCAGAACUUUAGUGUUAUUGGCUGGGCACCCAGGGCAGGACCACCUUCGCUGGCUUUGAAGGGCCGGGAGGGCCGGAGACAGGGCUCUGAUAGAGUAGGCUUGUGUCUCUGUGGAGCAGCUCGCCUCAGCAGGGCUGGGCUGGAUGGGCAUCCCUGGGCUGGAUCAAUGGAAGAGGGUGACGCUAAGACAGCGGGGUGCCGGGGCUGGUCAAUGUGAGAUCAGUCAUAGCCACGAAGCAGUAACAAAACCACAAGGAAAGCAAUACUGACUGAAUUGCUGUCGGAUUUUUCGAAGUAUGUGUAUAUUGAUUAUGGAGUGCCACCUUCUUUAAGGAGCCUCCAGUGCCCCCUCUGUUUAUGUUUACACAUAUUUUGUGUUUUUGUUCUUUUUUUUUUUUUUGCCUUGACUGAAACCUGUAUCAAAUGUUUCCCUGUUUUUUGUGUGCUUUCACUGUAGUGACCUUGGUUGUGCAGACAAAGCUUAAAAGUGAAAAAUAGUUCUCGGAAGAAAAGAGCAAAAACAAAACAAGCAAAAAAAAAAUCACAACAUGCGCUAAGGUGUGGUUGUGAGGCAUUGCCCAUGCACAGCUUGCAUGUCCUGUUGGUUAGUUUCAUCUCACUAAUGACUUUCUGUUGCAGUGUGCAAAAGAUCGUUCCAUAACUUUAUAUGCUUGUGAUCUUUUUUUUUUGUUAGUCUGCAUGGUGGCAUUGGAGGAAGAGUAAAUACCCCAUGACCAGACAGGAAGAAAAACUUGAAAAGCUCUCAAAAGCAGUGUGUUUUAUUGUGAGUGUGCAUGGUUACAUUGUUUGCUUGAAAUGGGCACUUGCUGGCAAAAGCUGAAAUCGAAACUAAUUUUGUGAGAAAUAAACCCCUAGAGGUGUGUGCCUCAGGGUCAUAGAAAAUAUUCAGUAAAACAUUGAGGCUUCUGUCUUAAUAAUUGAUCAGUAAUGUCAGUCAUUGCUCUCCUGAAGUUAUUCUUCAGAGAUUUCUCCUCUCUUAAUGAUGUUUAGGGAUCCCCAAGUAUGUUUAUCUUUGGACCAUUUUCCCUUUCAAAGUGAAGAUAUGCCAUUAAUGAGCCAUACAGCAUCCUUUAUCUAAUUCACAGUCGAGUAAUUAGUGUAGAUUUACACUAGUGCGCAGUUCUUUUCAAUCCCUGUUUAAUUAACAUUUUUAUUUGGUGUUGGGUUUUGGUCUUGAAGCCACACCUGUUUUCUAACUCAGUCGGAGUUUAGGUUGCAUCUCUUGUAGCGCAAAAGCACAAAAAGCCACUUCAACACCAGACAACCUGUUCGAGUUUUAAAUAUGUAAAACUGGUCAUCUGUACAUAGCCUACAGAACUUUAUAAUGGUUGUACAUAAGCAAGACAUGGCUGUUAUUUUUCUAUUAUUUAAUGUUCCAAGUGAUGUAUAACCAAUAUUGUCAUUUUAUGAUAGUCUGUUGAUAAAAUACAGAAACUGGUUUUGGAGCUAAAAUACAAAUCUUAUCAUUUUGUAUUACAUCA